ACCCGGAAGUGAGUGCGGACCGGCUGGGCUUGUCCCGGGGACCAUGGCUGCGGCCGCGGCUGCAGCUGAGGGGAUCCCGGGUCGGGGUCCACCCGGGGAAGUGAUUCAUCUGAAUGUAGGCGGCAAGAGGUUCAGCACCUCUCGCCAGACCCUGACCUGGAUCCCAGACUCAUUCUUCUCCAGCCUUCUGAGCGGCCGCAUCUCCACGCUGAAAGAUGAGACCGGAGCCAUCUUCAUCGACAGGGACCCCACCGUCUUCGCCCCCAUUCUCAACUUCCUGCGCACCAAAGAGCUGGACCCCAGGGGUGUCCACGGCUCCAGCCUCCUGCAUGAAGCCCAGUUCUAUGGGCUCACUCCUUUGGUCCGCCGCCUGCAGCUGCGGGAGGAGUUGGAUCGCUCUUCCUGUGGGAACGUCCUCUUCAAUGGUUACCUGCCCCCACCAGUGUUCCCAGUGAAACGGAGGAACCGGCACAGCCUGGUGGCGCCACAGCAGGUUGGAGGGCGCCCAGCCCCCGUUCGACGGAGCAACACGAUGCCCCCAAAUUUGGGCAACGCGGGGCUGCUGGGCAGGAUGCUGGAUGAGAAAGCUCCUCCCUCACCGUCAGGGCAGCCAGAGGAGCCAGGAAUGGUUCGCCUGGUCUGUGGACACCACAACUGGAUCGCCGUAGCCUACACCCAAUUCCUUGUCUGCUACAGGCUGAAGGAAGCUUCUGGAUGGCAGCUGGUGUUUUCCAGCCCCCGCCUAGACUGGCCCAUUGAGCGCCUGGCGCUCACAGCCCGGGUACCCGGCGGUGCCCUGGGCGAGCAUGACAAGAUGGUGGCGGCAGCCACGGGCAGUGAGAUCCUGCUGUGGGCACUGCAGGUGGAAGGCGGAGGCUCUGAGAUAGGAGUCUUCCAUCUCGGGGUGCCUGUGGAGGCCUUGUUCUUUGUGGGGAACCAGCUCAUCGCCACGAGCCACACGGGGCGCAUCGGGGUAUGGAAUGCCGUCACCAAGCAUUGGCAGGUCCAGGAGGUUCAGCCCAUCACCAGCUAUGAUGCCGCUGGCUCCUUCCUCCUCCUUGGCUGUAACAAUGGCUCCAUCUACUAUGUGGAUGUGCAGAAGUUCCCCUUGCGCAUGAAAGACAAUGACCUCCUGGUCAGCGAGCUCUACCGUGACCCAGCAGAAGACGGGGUCACCGCCCUCAGCGUCUACCUCACUCCCAAAACCAGUGACAGCGGGAACUGGAUCGAGAUCGCUUAUGGCACGAGCUCAGGGGGCGUGCGGGUGAUCGUGCAGCACCCCGAGACAGUGGGUUCGGGGCCCCAGCUCUUCCAGACCUUCACAGUUCAUCGCAGCCCGGUGACCAAGAUCAUGCUGUCUGAGAAGCACCUCAUCUCUGUCUGCGCCGACAACAACCACGUGCGGACAUGGUCUGUGACCCGCUUCCGAGGCAUGAUUUCCACCCAGCCCGGUUCCACCCCGCUCGCCUCCUUCAAGAUCCUGGCGCUGGAGGCGGCUGACGGACACGGAGGCUGUAGCGCCGGCAAUGACAUUGGCCCCUACGGCGAGCGCGAUGACCAGCAGGUGUUUGUGCAGAAAGUAGUACCAAGUGCCAGCCAGCUCUUCGUGCGCCUCUCAUCCACGGGCCAGCGGGUGUGCUCCGUGCGCUCUGUGGAUGGCUCGCCCACCACCGCCUUCACCGUGCUGGAGUGUGAGGGCUCACGGCGGCUCGGCUCACGGCCCAGGCGCUACCUGCUCACGGGCCAGGCCAACGGCAGCCUGGCCAUGUGGGACCUGACCACUGCCAUGGACGGGCUCGGCCAGGCCCCUGCCAGCGGCCUCACAGAGGAAGAGCUGAUGGAGCAGCUGGAGCAGUGUGAGCUGGCCUCGCCGGCCUCCUCCUCGCGGGGCCCUCACCCCAGCCCCUCGCCUCGGACCUCACUCACCAGUCUACAUUCAGCUUCCAGCAACACCUCCCUGAGCUGCCGCCGGGGCAGUCCCCCACAGGCCGAGGCCCGGCGACGGGGCACAGGCAGCUUCGUGGAGCGGUGCCAGGAACUGGUACGGAGCGCGCCAGAGCCCCGCCGGCCACCAACCCCCGCCCCUCGGCCCUCCACAAGUCUUGGAGCGCCCCUUGCGUCCCCCAAGAAGCAGCUCAACGAGACCUCGUUUUGAAUAUAGCCACCUGUCCGUGCCUUUGGGGGCCCCUCCCGGAGCCCUGUGGUCAGGGACGGGGUCUCCCAGAGCUGGAUCCUGUUACUAGACCCCCUUCCCCAUUUCCCCCUUUCUGGAAGCCACUGUUACCUCCCUAAUAAAGUCCUCACUGCCAA